GCGCUCGCAGUGUCUUUCGGACGGAUGACAACAAAGAGAACCGACUUGCAGUGUCACGACUAUCGGCGUGAAUUUAGAGUCAUUUUACACACGGGCGGACAAAGAAAGCUGCACUCGAGUCGUGUAACUGAUAAGGAAUAUGAAGAGGAGAAAUGCCGAGUGUGGCAAACUACGGCGGCCCCUGAAAAGGAACAAAAUCACAGAGGGAAUGUACGGCAGCAGCACCCUUCUGUACGUCAAGUUUCUGGCACUAUGGCUGCUGGUGAUUUUGGCAGAUUUCAUUCUGGAGUUCCGUUUUGAGUUUCUCUGGCCGUUCUGGCUCCUGCUGCGAAGUGUUUACGACUCGUUCAAGUAUCAAGGCUUGGCCUUCUCCGCUUUCUUCAUCUGCAUUGCUCUCACCUCAGACAUGAUUUGUUUCUUUUUCAUCCCAGUACACUGGCUUUUCUUUGCGGCGAGUACGUACGUGUGGGUUCAGUACGUCUGGCAUACAGAGAAAGGCAUCUGCUUGCCAACAAUUAUGCUGUGGCUGCUGUUUGUGUACGUGGAGGCUGCGGUUAGACUCCGUGAUGUGAGGCACAUGCCGUUCCACCUAGACCUUUGCAGGCCGUUUGCAGCUCAUUGCAUUGGCUAUCCUGUGGUGACUCUUGGGUUUGGCUUCAAGAGUUACGUGGGCUACAGGAUGCGGCAGAGAAAGCAGCGCGAAGUGUCGAAGGAGAACGACUUUUACCUUCAGCUUUUGCAGCAAGCGCUGCCGGUGGAGUUGACGCCGCCAACGCCGCCGUUGGAGACGACGUGCGCCGAGAAGAGCAGUAAAGCGCUGGAGAAUGGCAGCAUAUCGAACGGCUCCGUUCACCACCACCACAGCACACCGGCGUCGCAGCCGAGCGUGGCAAAAAGCAACCAUAGGAAGUCGCUGGACAAGGGCGCAUCCAAUGGUGAUGAGGCCAAGGAGAAGAAGCACAUGAACGGCUCCAUUACGGGUGAUAUUGACUACAUGGAAAAGCCGGGGUCGAUCAACGACUUUGACGAGAACGAGGUGGACAAGGACAAGAGCUCCAAGGGCUCCCUCAAGUCCAACUCGGCCAAGUGGUCGCAGGUCAAGGAGAAUUCUGUCAAUUCUCAGAGGGAGCGCAAGAACAAAGCCAACAGGGAAUCGCCGUCGACUGAGGCCAACCCAGUUCCUCAGAAGGACGAGAAUAGUAUAAGGUUGGAAGCUGAAAUCAAGAGAUUAAAAGCAGACCUGCACUCGAGUAAACAGUCAGAACAAGAGCUCAAGUCGCAGAUCAGCAAUCUCAUCUCGGGCGAGAAGAGCGUGAAAAACACCCUUUCGCAGCUGCAAGCGGACAACGACGCGCUGCAGUCAAAGCUGCACAACCUGGUGACGGCCCGGCAGUCGGACAAGCAAAACGUCGCCCAGCUUGAGAGACGGCUGACCGAUGAGCGACGCGUCCGUUCCAAUGUCGAGUCGCAGCUGCAGAAUGAGCGCAAGGCGGCCAAGAAGGCGGAGGAGGCGGCCACGGCGCGCGCCAUCGCCAUGGCUGCGGCCGCUGCUGCUGCGAAGAGCGAGUGCACUGAAAGCUGCAGAUCUCGCAGGAGGGAUCUUGAGUCUGAUGUCAAGCAUUUACGGAGGGAGCUGAAGGGAAAGGAGGACCGGUGUGUUUCUCUCGAAAUGGAACUUCAGAUGUUGCGCCCCUACAAGGAAAGCCACUCGGAGAUUGAAAGACUGUGCCAGGCUCUGACCAAUUUGAAAGAUAAAAACAUGCUCUUGGAGAACAGUCUGAGUGCAGAGACUCGCAUUAAACUGGAUCUCUUCUCUGCCUUGGGCGAAGCCAAGAGGCAACUGGAAAUAAGUUCAAAUCUGUUGCGCGCAAAGGAAAAGGAGACCGAAGAGCUGAAGUUGAAGAUCACCCAAGUCAUCGCCGUGGCCGACUCUUUCAGCCCCGCCGCCCUCGAGAUGGUGACCAUGGGCAACUCGUCCAAACUGAUGUUGGGAGAUCACAUCAUGAGCCUGCAACCCUCCUGCAAUUCGAACCUCGACCCGAACGCCACUGCUUACACCCCCAAGAGCGGAGGUAUCACCUCCACCGAGGCUUGAGAGGAAGGUACAGCGCGUUUUUAAUUUAUUUUCAAGUAGUAUUAUCAAGCAUACAGCAGCAGGACUUCUAUGGUGUAUUUUGAAAUGACGAGAAACCAAAUGUUUUAAUUUAUUUUUAAAAAUCAAAACACGACGAAGGACAUGAUUUACGGAAAACAGUACAACUGCAUCAUACUUUUGAUUUCAAGCGAGAAAAAUAUACACAUUAAUUGUUGAGCAAAGUUGCGCUUUUUGAAGCUUGAGACUCUUCCUUUUCCACUUGGAGAAACUUGUUCGAUACUCCCAAGUCUGGUGUAGCGCUGGAGUUUUGGGUGUAGUGUGAGCUUUAGAGCAGAUACACGCGAAAAAUUGUUUCUUCCCACCAGAGAAAUGUAAAAACUCAAAUUAGUUUCAAGUCAGUCUUGCAAAUCGACAGCAAGUGGAAAGUAAAAUAACCGACUUCCGUCUCAAAAUCCGGCACGGCUCAGUACUUUUUAUAAUAAUAUAUUUCAUUAAAUUCAACAAAGACAAGCAACUAUUUUCUUAUGUUAUUUUGAGAAACCAACUGAGUUUCCUUAUUAUUUUUUUUCUUAAUGAAUAUUUUUGUAUAAUUAUUGGUUUUGUCAUCUUUCGACUACAGUCGUAGACCUCCUGUCGCCAACGACAGAUUUUGAUUUAGGGUUUUACUACUUUUGACCUAAAUGGAAAAAGUAUUGAUUAGUUCCUUUUUUUAAAUAUUCGGUGAAAUGUCCAAGAUGGAAAAUUAAUUUUUUUGAAUUUCGCUUGUGUGCCACACCGACUCGGCUGACCUGCAGUCGAGACCCUUCCUUCCUUCUCCAUCGAGCCCCUGAAACCGCCCCGCCCUCAAAACCCUAAAAAUCGGUACCCCUUUGUCUAAAGUCAGAACUGAUUUGUUUAGGCAAGCAGAAGAGAGGGUGAAGAAAAAGAAAGAAAAUGUUCACAUAUUUUUGUGUUUUUGUUGUGAUAAUAAUUAACUAAUGGUUUGCAUCAUUUCAAUUGAAUUAAUAGACUUCAUUGUGUAAAUAACAAACGGGAAACACAUACAGUAAGCAAAGUGGUAUUGCAGAGUGAAACAAUAUUUUUAUUAAUAUCCAACAAAAGAACCGAGCACAAAAAAUAAAUCGACUAAGCAUAAAAAGAAAAUUAUAGAAAUCGAUUUGAUUAUUUUUAGUUCCAGACCAGGUAGAAUUAUUUAGAGUGGCUUUCGGAUUGACCAAUAUUCAUUCAUUUUUACUGAAAUGCAUUUAUUUGGGAAUCAUGACGAGAUGGAUAAUUAAUUAAUUCCGGGCGUUCGACGCGUUUGCCUGCGACCAUCUGCACUGCCCACUUGAAACCGUACUUAAAAGUUGAAUUGUAAAAAUCUGCAUCACAAUCCCUUCUAACAA